AUGAAAAUAUUGGUGAUAAAUCCAAAGCAUUAAAUGAUCUUAAUCAAGCUAUACAACUUAAUCCAAAUUAUGCAUAAGCCUAUUCUAAUAGAGGUUUCUACUAUUAAUCUUAAUAUAUUAGGCAAUUUAUAUGAAAAACUUGGUGAUAAAUCCAGAGCAUUAAAUGACUUUAAUCAAGCAAUCCGAUUUGAUCCAAAUUAUGCAUAAGCCUAUUAUAAUAGAGGCAACUACUAUUAAUCUUAAUAUAUUAGGCAAAUUAUAUGAAAAUAUUGGUGAUAAAUCCAAAGCAUUAAAUGAUCUUAAUCAAGCUAUACAACUUAAUCCAAAUUAUGCAUAAGCCUAUUCUAUUAGAGGUGUCUACAAUUUAUUUCAAUAUAUUAGGCAAUUUAUAUGAAAAACUUGGUGAUAAAUCCAAAGCAUUAAAUGACUAUAAUCAAGCAAUCCGAUUUGAUCCAAAUAAUGAAUUAUCCUAUAUUAAUAGAGGUGAAUACUAAUACUUUAAAUUAUAGGCUUUUUAUAUCAAGUUAUAGGUUAAAUUGAGAGAGCCUUAUUUGAUUAUUAUUCAGCUAUCCAACUUAAUCCAAAAUAUUCUCAAGCCUAUUUAAAUAGAGGUAAUCAUUAAUAAAUUGUUAUUUUAGGCAAUAUUUACAAAUGUAUUUUAGAGAUUGAGAGGGCCAUAUAUGACUUUAAUCAAGCAAUCCAACUUGAUCCAAAAAAUCCAAAACCCUAUACAAAUAGAGGUAAAUAUUAAUCAAUAUAAUAUAUUAGGAUUAUUAUAUUCUAGUUUUGGUGAAAAAGAAUAAGCAUUAAAUGAUUUUAAUUAAGCAAUAAAACUUAAUCCAAUAGAUGCAAAAGCCUUUGUAAAUAGAGGUAAUUAAUAUCAGAUAGUUAUAUUAGGAAAUUUAUAUAACAGUAUUGGUUAAAAUGAGAGAGCAUUAAAUGAUUACAAUAAAGCAAUCUUACUUGAUCCAAAAUGGACAAAAGCCUACUUCAUUAGAGGUACUUUAACUUAAUAUAUAUUAGGUAAUUUAUCUAAAAAUUUUGUGAAGAAAGAAAAACCAUUAAAUGACCUUAAUCAAGCCAUUCAACUUGAUUAAAAAGAUGCUAUUGCUUUAACUAAUAGAGGUGAAUAAUAUCACACUUAAUAUUUUAGGAUAUUUAUAUCAAAGUAUUGGCGAGAAUGAAAAAGCAUUUUCUGAUUAUAAUAAAGCAAUUCAAAUUGACCCAAAAUAUGCAAAAGCCUAUUGCAAUAGAGGUGAAUAUUGUUACACAUAAAUAUUAGGCUAUUUAUAUCAAGUUAUUAAUCAAAAUGAGAAAGCCCUAUAUAAUUAUAAUUAAGCAAUCUAAAUUGAUCCAAAAGAUUCAACAGGGUAUUUGUAUAGAGGUGAAUAUUAUUACACAUUUUAUAUUAGGCGUAUUAUAUAGUAAGAUUGGUUAGAAGGAAUAACUUCUAUCCGAUUAUUUACAAGCAUUAUCCCACUCACCUAAUCAUCCGUUAAUAUUAUACAAUUUAGGUAAUUUUUAUUUUCUUGUAACUGACCAGGAUCAAUAAGCUCUAGAAUAUUUGCAAAAAGCAGAUAACUCCUUACAAAGUUUAAGUUUAUCUGAAAUUAAGAAACUACUUUUAAGUGAAAAAAAUAUUUAUUACCUAAAAACUUAAAUUGAUAUCCUAAAAGGAUUAGUAGAGUAAAUAUUGGAAUCUAAAAGAAUAGUUUAAAAUCUACCUACUGUAAACUCAACUUUAAUCUAAAUAGUGCAAAAUUAUGAAAAAAAAAUUUAAGAUAUUAAAAAUGAAAUCAGCCCUAUUUUGUCAAUCCCUAUCACUCAAACAAUAAAGCAUUAAAUUUAAAUUGUUUAAAACAAUUAACUGAAUUAAAUAUUACAAAAUGUUAAAAAAUUUAAAUAAGAGUUAUUACAAGAUUAUGCUAAGGCAAUAAAAGAUAAAGAUGAAUAAGAAACAUAAUUGAACUUUAUAAAAGAAGAUCGAAAUAUUUUGAUUCAUCAAGAUAGAAAUUAAAUAUAAGUAUUAUUACUUGAAUUUAAUAAACCUGAAAAUGUACAUAAAAUAACUUACUACCAAUCUUUAUUUUGGAGGCUUUAAAAUUUUUUAAAAGUUUUGUAAUAAAUCUCUACAGAUUUACUUUAAAUAAACCAAAAUGCCGUUAUUGAAUAUAACUCAGAAAAAGUAUUAAAUAUUGUUAAAAAUACUUCGAACAUUGGAUCAAUACCUUACAUUGAAAAUGCCUUUUAAAUAAUAAAUGCUGCCCUAGAUCAUGCAAUUGAUUAAAGGAAUGUGAGUAAAUUUAAUACAAGAGUAAGAAUUCUAAAUUAAAUACUAAAUUUUUUUGCAAUAAAUCCAUAACAAUUAGAAAUUGAAGUGCAAAUGACAGCUAUUUGUUUGGGAGAUUAGCAAAUGCCUAAUGUAAAAUAAAGAAAAUAAACAACUUUUAGUUAAACAGUUGACGAGCUGUUAAUAAAAGAAAGUAGUACUUCAGGAUUAUUUAAAGAUAUAUACUGGAUUUGUGGAAUAGAAGAUACUUUUAUUAUUUUAAGCUAUUUAGAAAAAAACUAAGAAAAAAUAUUAUAAGAAAAACGGAAAAAGCUAAGGGAUAUAUUUGAAAAUGCAGUCAAAUCAUAUUGUUAUUUACCUUAAAAUAAAGCUGAAAAUGUGGAUACAGGUUGUUCAUCAACAUGUUAAUUGAUUUGA